CAUGAAGACAUGUUAUGACUAACCAUGGUUUAGUUUUCUACAAAACUAGAAACCCCUGAGUUUCUCUCCCACUAUCUCUGUUCCUGUCCCUUUUGUCUGUGCGUGCGUUUUGGCAUUGGUUCGCUGCAAUUUCUGCAAGCCUUUCGCCGCCUUCUACGUCCAUUUGGGUCUGAAAUUUUGUGUCUUUCUCUUUCUCUUUCUCCAAGAUACACUCUCUCUGAAGCCUAAAAAGAUUGCUUUUUGAUAACUUCUCUGGUGGUAGGUGAAUUUGGGAAUGAUCACUCCCACUCAAGUUCCAGUUUCCUUGCAUUUGGAUUAGGAAAAGCCUUCUGGGUCUGAAAGAGCUUCCUGAAAUUUUGCAUCUUUUUUGGUGCCCAUUUGAGAAGUGGUCACUGGGUUUCAACCUGUGUAGUUAUUGCAGCUACAUGUGUUUUUCCCUUGAUCUCAGCCGAGAAUUAGUGUCACUAUUGUCAAUGGAACCAGUUUUAGAAAUAAGAUCGAAUCUUUAAAAGGUUUCCCCUUACUUUACUUGGCAAGGUUUCUAUUCUUCUUCCAUGUCCUCAAACUUUCUCAGAAGAGCAUGUUUGAAAGCAGCAACAUUUGGAGGCUAAGUGCCUUGGUUUGAUUUGAGGCAUUUCUGAGUUAUUUUUGGUUCUGUUGGUGGAUUGAUUGAUUGAUUCAUCAUGCCUCUAUAUGAGUUAUUCCGGCUGGCUAGAGAUAAGCUUGAUAAAGAGAUCAACAACACACGUGUAGCUGAACAACCAUCCUCGCCUGAGGAUGAUUUUUUUGAGCUGGUUUGGGAGGGUGGUCAAAUUUCUAGCCAGGGACAGUCCAGUAGAUCUAGAAGGAGCCCAUCUUCCAGGAGUUUGCCAUCUCAUUGCAUACCAUCUCACAGUCCCAAAGGUCGAGAAAAAGAUGCAGGUAUAGGAUAUGGUAACAACACAAAGAUGGGAAAGUUUGGGGAUUUAGACCCUGAAUUGAAUGAGAUUCCAAUGUCAGUGUCGUCGCGUGAAGUGGGUUUGAAUCAAGAUGAAGAAUUGAUGCCUUGGUUGGAUUAUUCAAUGGAUGGCUCUUUGCAACAUGAAUAUGGUUCUGAUUUCUUACAUGAAUUAUCUGGGGUCACGGAACAUGACCUCACCGCCUCCAAUAAUUAUACUCUAUUGGAUAAAAGAAGUACUGGAAAUCAGGUAUUUAGGGAACCUUAUAAAAAUGCUGCGGAAUCAGGGAAUGUUUCUAAGGGUUCUUCAGCUGAACAGGUUGAGAAUGCUAGACCUAAAGCUAACACCACCCAGUUAUACCCUCCAUCAUUAGUAGCAUCCAGAGCAUCAGAAAUAACUGAAAAUAACAACACAAGUAACAUGAGCCAGAAUGUGCCUUAUGGUGAAAUUGCUCAGAUUCCAUCUUCCUCAAGUGAUUUUUCUAGCUUGAAGGUGCAGAGACAAGAUCAUGUAAUGCCUCCAAACAAUGGUUCCGCGGUAAUGAAUUUCUCCCAUUUUGCAAGGCCUGCUGCUAUCGUUAGAGCCAAUCUUCAGAACAUUAGCUUGAAGUCCGGUUCAUCUUCAGCGAGAUCAGACAGUGUGGGAGUUAAGAAUAAAGGUGCUGCUUCAACUAGCUUCAAUCCUCCUGAAUCAACUCUCGUUGAUUCAAAUGGCGAAUGUCCAAAGGAAUUAACCAUGCACAGCCAGAAGGUUGUUGCACAAUCCAAGGCUGAUUUGAAACCUUUGCUGCCAAAAUCUCUUGAACAGAAUGCUGUAGUUUCUAAACAGACAGAACCUGCUUGCAAAGAGAGUGCUGUUAAGACUGAUCAAACUUCCAAACAAGUUAUUGCUGAAAAUGGUGCUAAAGGACCGACGGCUGCUGAAAGAAGUGCGGAGCCAGCAGUAGCCUCUUCCUCUGUUUGCUCUGGCAAUGGUAUAGACAGAUGUUCAAAUGAUCCAAAUCAAAAUUUGAAGCGGAAAAGUAGAGACACUGAGGACUCAGAGUAUCAUAGUGAAAAAGCAUUUUACUUGAAGGAUGCUGAAGAAGAAUCAGUGGGUGUUAAAAAGGCAUCUGCUGGACGAGGUACCGGUUCCAAGAGAAGCCGUGCAGCUGAAGUGCAUAAUCUAUCUGAAAGGAGACGAAGAGACAGGAUCAACGAGAAGAUGCGUGCAUUGCAAGAACUCAUACCAAAUUGCAAUAAGGUGGAUAAAGCUUCUAUGCUGGAUGAGGCAAUUGAGUAUCUUAAAACACUUCAGCUCCAAGUUCAAAUGAUGUCAAUGGGAGCUGGUUUUUAUAUGCAUCCAAUGAUGUUACCUGGAGGAAUGCAGCACAUGCAUACACCGCAUAUGGCUCCAUUUUCACCUAUGGGUGUUGGCAUGCACAUGGGGUUGGGUAUGGGUUUUGGGAUGGGAAUGCCUGACAUGAAUGGUGGAUCUUCUAGAUUCCCAAUGAUUCAGGUCCCCCAAAUGCACGGAACUCAUGUCCCUGUUGCGCAUAUGUCUGGACCAACUGCUUUACAUGGGAUGGCCAGAUCAAAUUCUCCAGGGUUUGGGCUUCCAGGUCAGGGACUUCCCAUGCAAAUGCCACAUGCUCCCGGAUUUCCUUUUCAAGGAGGGCCACUUAUGAACUCAUCAGCUCCGGUUCUGCAUGCAUGUGGGCCAGCAGGACUUGUUGGAACCGGGGAUUCAGCUUCAGCAUCUGGCUUAAAGGAUCCAAUGCCAAAUGUCGACUCACAAGUUAAGCAAAGCACCGGCAGCCGUGACACAACAAGUCAGAUGCCUCACCAGUGCGAAACAGCAACUGUUGGAUUUGAACAGUCAGCUUUGGUGCACAAUAGUGGUCAGGCCUCUUUGGCUAAUGACAGUGGCGCUGUUAAUGGCAAACAAGGUUAUGAUUGACACUCAUCAUUGACUGUGCCUAUCAGGAGAAUCCAGCUUUCCAGAAAUGUGAGUCCAAAAUCUCUUGUUUCUCAUCAUGGCAAGUUCAAUGCAGAUCACUACAGAGGAUAUUUCAGAGUCAUUGAGGAUGAAACCAUUAGAAUCCCUAAUUUAUGGAGUUAGAAAAUUGCACAGAUUUUGGGACACGUCACUCCUUUGUACAUCCACUUAGCAAACUGUUCAAUCAAUUAUCACAAAAAAUUUAUAUAUCUUAAAAAAAUAUGCAUUUAAAAUAUUUCAUUCAGAUCUUCCACAGUGAUUCUUUGUAUCAAUGAAAUAAUAUAUAUAUUUUUUCCUUGGCAAUUUACUCUCUCUCUCUCUCUCUUA